AUGUUUCUCUUCUUCUUCUACCUGUAUCUUGGAUUAGUGUCAAGCUUUCCCAGUUGUGGCUUCUUCACUGUUAGUGGGCAAGAAACCCCAACUACAAGCUUGGGGAUAUUCCCAUCAUGUCCAUUGAACAUUGAAGCUCUCCGGAAACUAAUCUCCCAAGGUAAUCCUAAAGUUCUUGAUAUCAAGACUGAGUGCCGAUACAUCCUCGAAGGAAUCCGACUGCUUCGAUCAGAUUAUCUCCGAUCUACCGGCUACUUCUCCCCACCUCCCAAUACCAUAAGCUCAUGCUGGGAUGCAUACCAAGUUUUGAUUAGAGAAUCAAUACCCGGUCUCGACUUGAGAAUUGGAUCCACUUGCGGGUUUAAGCCCACUUUGCUGUCAGAGAGUUGUAUGAAUAUCACAAGUAGAUCUCAGUUCACAAGGUUGAUUCCCAAAUCAGAAUUGCAGGUGGUUGAAGAUGCUUGUAGCCAGUCUCUAGAUGAUUACUCAUCUUGCUUUUCGUGUAGGCGCAUUUUAUCAGACCUGAAUAUGUCUCAGUUUGGUAGAGGAUAUGAUGGGAAUGUAUCAGAUUGCAUUGGAUAUCCCUAUAUUUAUGCUGCAGGUUUUGGUGGUAGGAAUGGGCCAAUAAAUUUGAGCACAGCAAAGUGUUUGUUCUCACUAAACUUCAAUGCUUUUGAUACAAAGACUAAAAACAAGCACAGGGUGUGGCUUUGGGCUGUGUUGAUAGGAAGUGUGUGUGGAUUCACUGUGGCAUUUUUGGUGAUUUGGGUUCUUUGGGCAAGGCAUAGGGGAAGGAAUAAGAAGAACAAGGAUCAAAGUGAGACGACGGGUUUUGUUUCUGCCGUAGAAAUUAUAGGUGAGAAUAACAGUUUGGCUAGGUUCCCAUUUGAGGAACUAAAAAAAGCCACUGAAAAUUUUGCCAGGGAGAACAUCAUCGGGAUUGGAGGCUAUGGAAAUGUGUACAAGGGUACAUUUGCAGACGGGUCUGAAGUAGCUUUGAAAAGGUUCAAGAACUUGUCUGCUGCCGGCGAUGUAAUGUUUGCGCAUGAGUUGAAGGUUAUUGCAAGCAUUCGGCAUGUGAAUCUUGUCGCGGUGAGAGGCUAUUGUACAAUAAAAGUGCCUUGGCAAGGUCAUCAAAGGAUAAUGGUGUGUGACUUGGUGAACAAUGGAAGUCUCUACGAACAUCUUUCCGAUUCAAGGAUGAAGAAGCAGCUCAGCUGGCCUAUUCGUCAGAAGAUUGCGCUUGGAAUGGCUCGCGGAUUGGCUUACUUACACCAUGGAGUGCAGCCUGCUGUGAUCCACAGGGAUGUCAAAGCAAGCAAUGUGCUUCUAGAUGAAGCAUUCGAGCCAAAAUUGGCUGAUUUUGGUCUAGCAAAGUUCACACCAGACGGACAGUCACAUUUUCACACAAAGGUGGCUGGGACAUUUGGCUAUGUUGCCCCGGAAUAUGCUUUGUAUGGGCAAUUAUCGGAAAGAAGCGAUGUCUACAGUUUCGGAGUAGUGCUACUUGAACUUUUGAGCGGAAAGAGAGCAGUUAUUGAAUCUAGUGGUACGACAACUCUGCUUUUGGCAGAUUGGGCUUGGUCACAAGUGAGGGGAGGCAGACCAUUAGAUGUUAUAGACGAAAGCAUUCAGAAUUUGAGCUCUCCGGAAGUAUUGGAAAACUAUGUAAUGGUUGCAGUUCUUUCUUCUCAUCCCGAAUCACAUGCGAGGCCAACGAUGGACCAGAUUGCAAAAAUUCUGGAGAGGGAUUUGCAAGUCCCCUCAAACAUGGACGUUCCUCUUCAUCAAAAUGAUCAAUCAGCGAGCUCUAGUUGUUCAAGUUACAUUUCAAGCAAUACUGGUUAGUACUAGAGUGAUCAUCAUUUGGUUGACAAG